AUGGCGAAUAUCAUCGUUGCGCAGCUGCUGUAUCUUGAUGCCAUUGAUCCUAAUAAGGUCCCUAUUCUCAUUUAUUUUGGAAUGAAAGAUCAUAUAAUUAAUGAUUGUCUCUUAUUGAUGGCCAUUUUAAGUGUUAAUUUCUUGGAACUCUGGUGGUCUUUCUCUAAUUCCGCGUUAAUGUGCGACAGAGAAUGCUCCUCACUUUUUUUGUGAACUGGUAACUGCUGAAUUUGAACCAGGAGAUUUUCAACAAUAUCUUUCCUUAGGUAUACUAUCCUACGAGAAAAAUGUCAAAAGAAUUAAGAAAUUCAUUCAUAUAAUUAUUUCCUCUGAAACCCAUGCGAUCUGAUGGACAUCAAUUCAAAGAUGAUUUUAUAUGCAUAGAAGCACUUUUUCUUCCUGUAGUUUGGUAGUGUCCCAAAGUUAGAUAGUGUCACUAGCAAUUGGGGAGCGAACGGAAACUCUUUUUUAGAUGAACAUGAUUCUUGAGAUCGAAGAGUAAAAUGUUAGGGUUAAUCGAUUUCCUAUACCAUUUAUUAAGGUUUCCGAAUCUGUUCUCAACUUGGACGGUCGUUCAGAGUAGGAAAGACAGUUGUAAGUUACAUUUCUCGUUUACUUGGAAUAGCUCCCUCAAAUUUGGUGAUUUUUUUCCUAGAUGUCAAUGGAACUGACACUUUGUUCAUGCGUCGAAAUCUCAUGUUGCAUGCAUUGAGGGCUUUCUGUGUUUGAACCUGAGUUUUCUUAAGGAGAAAACAACAUAAUAUAGCUAUUUUUUCACAACGCGCAUGUUUUUUUCAGAGUAUUCUUUCGAAGUAUGUUGUUUAUUGGCUGUCAAGUCCACUUGUCUCUGGAAUGGGUGUUAUGCUAUCAUCAUUGCUGUGUAAUAGGUUGUUACUGAUAGCCCGAGAGGCACUUGUCUGGAAUGGGUGGAGGAUUUCGUAAAUAUCAAUUGAUUUGUAGUAUCAAGUCCUCACUAGGAAUUUAUUUGAUUGUGUGCAAACCCCUCUUUAGUGCUCAUGCUUGUUCAGUUGAGUUAUGUUAAAGAGAGGCUGAACCUGCUCUGGCCCUGGAAUUUUUUUUUCUUUAUGUAAAGCAGACGUCCUGAUUAUGUACCUGAAACAUAAAAGUUAUACCUAUGUGUGGUAACUAGAACAUGAGGUAUUUUAUUAUGGCCCAGAGCUAUUUUCAAAGAAUGGUUUUUAACAUCAUGCAUGUGAAUGAAGAGGAGGUAAUAGGUUGUAUAUUUAACAUUACGGAUGUCUCUUUGCAUUUUCUUGUAAAAUUAUAAAUUGUUGUUGACCUAUAGUGAAAAAGAAAUUAUGACCCGGCCAUAGAUUCACUAUGUUAUCUCCAAUGUGAUGACCAUAUGUACAAUGGUAUCGCCUUCUUUACGUAAUUCAUACAAUAGAAUAAUGUCUCAUGCGAUUGCAAUUUAAAUAUAAUUGUAAAGAAGUUCUACUCUCAUCUGCUUCUCUGGGUGAAAUGACAAUUCUGAAUGGUCAUAAGAGUUGCAUAUGACUAUUCACCUAGGCUUCUUUUGACCGCUCUCAUUAUGCAUCUUUCUCAUGUCUUUAAAUAUUUUAUAUCCACUUACGGAAUGCCCUCUGAUGUUGAGAGAAAAAGGAAUUUGUGGGCAUGCGUAAUAAUUACGAAUUGCAUUAAAUACACAAGUACACGUGGAAAAUAAAGGCAAACUGCGUGCCAGAUUUAUUUUCUCUUGACGGAGAUAACUUUUUAGCAAAUAAUUUUUGAUGCAACUACUAACCUUCCAAUUAUCCUAAAUCUUACCCCUGUUGUAUGUUUUUCGUGCCUUUGUAAGCCUGGGGUUUGGAACUAAACUGUUUUGAAAACAGAGACUGAUUGUUCGUUUCAAAAAGUGACUUAGUCAUGUGAUUACUCUGGAGAACAGAUAAAGGCAGCAAAAAAUCCAAAUGUCAAAGGUACCAUUGGUCUCACUUUAUUGCUGUUAGGGCAAGCGUUUUACAAAUUGGAUCAGAAGCCAGGUGCUUUGGCUUCUGGUCACUUCAAUACUUGAUAAGAGCUGGGCUAAACUGUCGGUGAGUAAAGACAGAACUAUCAGGCGUUUUCGGUCCCAUCCCACACCCUUUUUUUAAAUGGUAAUCCAGAAUGUGUUGAUCUCAAAUAAUCAGACUCCCAACUCAUGUUCUGAGUUGACCAAUCACAUUAGAGAUAUGCUUUGGCUCUGAAACUGUUUUGGAUCUGCUAGAAUGUGUGGUUUCCAUGUGAUUGUGUGGUCUUUGCUAAACAUACUACCAACAAAGAUAUAUAAUCGUUUCGUGACUUGGAAUGAAAUGUGUGGUAGGUGCGGAUCACGAGGUUAGAUUCUUGGCAGAUGUGUACCUGGGAGACGUCCUCUUUUGAUCACUUCCAAUUAUUGUCUGCUCUUGACUUCUUCCAUAAUUCAUAAGGGCGUGGGUGUGUGGCUGUGGGAGUUCGGGUUCAUUCUUAUAGCUCUUUCAUAAAAGUUUCAGAGAGAAGCUUUCCCUAUCUACCCUUAAACUUGGUGUUGAUCAUGUAGGACAUUGUCAUGUACGUGAACUCUCCCGGAGGAUCGGUGACAGCAGGUAAUAAUAAAUGCUUCCUUCAUGUAACUUUCUCAUUAUUGUCUGCAUUUGAUUAGAACCUUAGGGCAUCUGAUAGACCAUUUAAUAAUGAAAUUCGUCUCCACCAACCUUGUAGGUAUGGCGAUCUUUGAUACAAUGAGGCACAUAAGGCCUGAUGUCUCCACCGUCUGUGUGGGACUGGCGGCGAGGUAAGAGCUUUUACUCUCGAUCUCCUGGUUGAAUCGUCUGGUAAAACGUGAUUGUCUGAUGUUAUCAAUUCCCCUUUGGAUGCCACUGGUCUCUCUCUCUCUGUCUACGCAGUAUGGGUGCCUUCCUCCUCAGCGCCGGAACAAAGGGUAAGUGCAACAUUUGCUCACUUAGUGAUCUACCUGGCCGCUAUGUCCUCACGGCCGGCGUUUUGAUCCAGGGAAGAGGUACAGCCUGCCCAACUCCAGAAUUAUGAUCCACCAGCCUCUUGGUGGCGCCCAGGGCGGGCAGACUGACAUCGACAUUCAGGUGAGCGCCGUUGUUUCUUCCUGCCGCCGCCGUGUUGUUUGACUGGCGGCUGAACUCGGUCUGCUCCCCGGCAGGCAAACGAAAUGCUGCACCACAAGGCAAACCUGAACGGGUACCUGGCCUACCACACGGGGCAGAGCCUGGAGACGAUCAACCAGGACACCGACCGGGACUUCUUCAUGAGCGCCAAGGAGGCCAAGCAGUAUGGCCUCAUCGACGGCGUCAUCACCAACCCACUCAAGGCCCUCCAGCCCCUCCAGCCCCUGCCCCCCACAGACCAGUGA